GAGCAGGAGAAAGAGAGAGGGGGGGGAAGGAGGGGGAGAAACAGAGAACACAAGACUGGGAGGGAGAGAAAAGAUAUGCGUGGUAUCUGCAUCAGUUCUCCUCCAGAAGGAACAAAAACAUUGUGUUCGUGAAUGGGAGCUGGUGAGCUCAGCCACAGGGGGAGUGUGCUGUGAAAAACCAGGCAGUAUUCAGCCGCUGGUCAGAGACUGAACACCAAUCCUCUGUCUCCUGCCAUCGACUGGGAUUGAUUGUGGAUUUCCAUUGGGCUGCUCCAUGGAGUGAUUUAGGAAGAGGAGUCCAGGUCUAUGGAUGAGGAUUUGAGCAAUUUUCUGUAGGGAAAUGUUGGUUGAGAGGAUUUGAACACGCUGCCUCUGAUUGAACACAUUGUGCAACGUGGAGACUGUGCUGGGGAGUGUUGGCAGUGCUGCUGCACCCUGUGUUGCUAGGGCUGCUUGGUGAUAUGUUUCUGACAGAGAGUCAGGGCAUCACCCAGAUGCAGGGCACCGGCUGUGUGGGAGGUUAAAAGUGCAGCCAACAGCAUGGGAGCCAAACAGAUGAAAUGCCUCAGCUCUGCCAGCCCUGCACACUCCCCUAAGGAAGAGUAUAUCAUCGCUCAUUCCUCAGACACCCCUAAAGAAGCAUUUAUCAACACUCAGCCUGAAGACCACAAGGAGCCUGGAGACGACAAAUCAGAGUUGACAGAGAGGAAAGCUGAUACCGGGGAGGUGUCACUCUGUGGCCUGUGCCCAGCCCCAGGGCAUGAUGGGAGCGAAGAAGAGAGAUCCUGGGAGGAGCAGCUAUAUGCCCACCAGGAACAGUUGGAGAAGGAGAUGCAGGAAGCCAGGAGGAUGGUGUUCCGCCUGCAGACUUUGCUGCUGCAUGGCUCUCUCCCUGAGGAAGACCAGGACGGUUCUGUGAGCUUCGGAGACAGCCGGACUAACACGGAACAGCAGCUGGUUUUAAUACGCAGUCGUCUGGACCAAAGCAUGGAGGAGGCCCUUGAUCUCAAGAGGGAGCUUCUGAGGCACAAGCAGGAAGCACGCCACCUCCAGGCCAUUAAAGAUGCUAUGCAGCAGCGGAUGGCAGUGCAGGAGGACUCUGUUCUGCAGCUGAAACAGGAGCUACUGAGGUGCAGCAUGGCCCGAGAACAACUGGAGGGAGAGAACGAAGAGUUAAAACGGAAGCUGAGUGAUCGAAACAGGCUACUCAGUGAAUACGAGCAGAUUGGGAAGAAGGAGCGAUUACUACCGCAUCAGAAGCAGGAAGAGGUUCAGCACAACACGAAUGAAAACAGCCACAGAAGAUCCUCCAGGAGUGAGAACCAUGGAUACAGUCACUCAGUUGGACCUUCCCCUCCCUCAACCUUUCAGCAUGGAGAGGGUGAUGAGCUGCAGCUAGUGAGGGAGGCCCUGCGCAGUUUGAGGGACAGCUUCUCCGGGCAUGACCCUCAGCAUCACACCCUGGACACACUGGAGCAGGGCGUGGCCAGUCUCAUGGACCGUCUACACACCCUGGACCCACACCGCAGACAGGACCGAGAGGGCAAGUUCAAAUCCCCAGGACGGCGGGCCAACCACACAGACAGAGAUUCCUGGCCGCCCAGCUCCAAAAUAGCUCACUCUCACAGUAGCCCUGGGCUGGACUCCUCAGUGUCUACUAAAGUGCUCUACUUCACUGACCGUUCCCUCACACCUUUCCUGGUCAACAUCCCCAAAAGGCUAGGAGAGGUGACAUUGAGGGACUUCAAGGCAGCGGUGGACCGCCAGGGCAGCUUCAGAUACCACUUCAAAGCCCUUGACCCAGAGUUUGGAACUGUGAAAGAGGAGGUGUUCCAGGAUGGGGCAGUGGUGCCUGGCUGGGAGGGGAAGAUAGUAGCCUGGGUGGAGGAGGACCAUGGAGAGAGACGGUAGAGAGCCCCUGGAGACAAGCUCGACGAUGACCACUGGACCACAAUGCCAUGAAACCCUCUCAGUAUUCAGCAGCUCGUCUAAGGUGUCAAACACUUCCUUCAUACAUCGGGACCAAUCUAUUCAUGACAGUUUUGAAAUCCAACCAUACUUUCCAAAAUGGCUCUUUCCUAUGGAUUAUGAAAUGUUUUACACACAAGUUGUAGACUGCCAAACAUAAAUGGAGUUGUUCAGAGACAAUUUUGAUGUUUUAAUAAACAUGAAGUACUGCAUGA